AUGGCCCUGAUGGUAUGGAACCUGAUGCCUCGGACGCUGGACGGCCAAAUCACUAUGGAGAAAACACCCAGCUACUUUGUCACAAAAGAGGCUCCUAGCCGUGUCUGCACUAUGAACUGCCAAACCAAGCUCAUUGUGGUGGUCAGAGAUCCCGUGACGAGGGCUGUUUCUGACUACACCCAGACACUGUCCAAGAACCCAGGCCUUCCAUCCUUCCAGAGCCUGGCUUUAAAAAACUCCACCACAGGUCUGAUUGACACCACGUGGAGCGCUGUGCGCAUCGGCCUCUACGCCAAACAUCUGGAGAACUGGCUUCAGCACUUCCCCUUGUCUAGUUUUUUGUUUGUUAGCGGAGAGCGGCUGGUGUCUGAUCCAGCUGGGGAGAUGGGCCGUGUUCAGGACUUCCUGGGUCUGAAAAGGGUUGUUUCAGACAAACACUUCUACUUCAACCAGACAAAAGGUUUUCCCUGCUUGAAGAAGCCUGAGGGGAGCAGUAGACCUCGCUGCCUUGGUAAGUCUAAGGGCAGACCCCAUCCCCAAAUCCCCUCCGAGGUCCUGCAGAGGCUCAGAGACUUUUACAGGCCCUUCAACCACCGUUUCUACCAGAUGAGUGGACAAGACUUUGGCUGGGAAUGAACAAGGAGUUUCCUAUCAGAAAAAAUUUCUGUUUAAUGCUCCAAAUGACUAAGGUUUUCAGGGAUGCGGUACAGGAAUGCAAAGUCCACAAACUUAAUUCUGCGUGGAUUCAACGUGACAAGCAACCUAUGAACUGUGACUGUUGUGUUGUAGAGUAGAAGCCGACGUGAACACAGAGCUGCCAAUAUGGAAGUUACACACAUGGCUUUGUUUUUAAACUAUUAAACUAUAGACUAAACUAAAGAGCAAAGUGUGUACCAAGGGGGGAAAAGACAUUCCCUUUGAAAAUCAUUUUUGAUUUUGAUCAAAUAAGCUGAUAUUUAUAGUUUCUGUUGAUUUGAAAAACAACAGUUACAGUUUUUUUUAUUGAAUAAAUGUAUUUAUUUUGCGACAAGGCCAGACAUAAAACUGAAUAUGUUUUUAUUGACAGGACAUAGUAAAAAAAAUGUCAUACGCCAUGAUUAACCACUAUGUCUUCUUAAUUAUAAGCAGUGUUACUUUGACUGCAUUUAUAUUUUCAUUACAUUUGCUGUUUCCAAAUGUCUUUUAAAAUGUUACAUGUCUUAUGUUGAUGUUGCAGGGUGUUUCUCUGUACAUUACAGUUGAUAUCUCAAUAAUACCUCAUCUGUAAAUAUCAAAUGUGUUAAGAAACCACACAUACAUUCAUUCCAUUUGUAGACAUAUGUAGAUAGUUUCUCCUCAAAGCCACACACAUUUUAAUUGCAUUGGCAGUAACCACUCCGCUGUUGCUUAAAAUAAAAAUAAUGUUUUGAUCUGUGAUUAUUUUUGAACCAAUUAAAACUCCAUAUAUAAAGUACACAAAGCA